ACGGCCCUUGGCUGGGUGAAGAGAGUGCAAGGAAAGACAGGGGUAACUUUCUUUGCCUCAUAAGGAGGGGUUGAGGGUGCAGCAGACUGGCAAGCUGUGCUGGCGGCGGUGUGUGCAUGGCAUCUCUUCUGGCCCCGACUGUUGACAUGGGGAUGCUCUUCAGCGCGGUCUGGAGGCACUGUAAACGGAGGCGGAAGAAACGAUCGAAGCGGAAAGACAGAAGCAGUCUCUGCCAGCCAAGAAACCAGCAAAAAACUUUCACAAUGGAUGUAGACGAUGAAGAGAACAUGAGUUCGAGCAGCGCUGAUGUUAAAGAAAACCGCAACGUGGACAACGUUCCCCCCAAGGAUGGCAGUGGGCAAGGCGCCGGGGAGGGGAUGCAGCUCUCCAAUGGUGGUGGCAGCAGCAGCAGAAAACGUCCUUUGGAGGAGGGCAACAAUGGCCACUCCAAAUUCCGCCCGAAGAAGAGGAAGAAAACUCCCGGCCCUGUUCUGCCAAAGAAUGCCCUGAUGCAACUUAAUGAGAUUAAACCUGGUUUACAGUACAAACUGCUCUCACAGACGGGGCCGGUCCAUGCCCCCAUGUUUGUGAUGGCAGUUGAAGUCAAUGGGCAGGUGUUUGAAGGGUCCGGCCCAACAAAAAAGAAAGCCAAGCUUCAUGCCGCUGAGAAGGCUCUGCGGUCUUUUGUCCAGUUUCCAAAUGCCUCAGAAGCCCACCUGGCAAUGGGGAGGACUCUGUCGAUCAACACAGACUUCACCUCUGACCAAGCAGACUUCCCUGACACCCUCUUCAACGGGUUUGAAACACCAGUCCCUUCCGAUGCUUCCUUCUACCUAGGGUCCAACGGGGAUGGGUCCUUCAGCUCUAGUGGGGACUACGGUUUGCCAUCGUCAGCAGUAGCCAGCAGCCUUUCCCAGUCACCACUCCCUGCCCCAUCGCCCUACCCCUCUGCCAGUGGGAAGAACCCUGUCAUGAUUCUCAAUGAGCUGCGGCCGGGGCUGAAGUAUGAGUUUCUCUCGGAGAGCGGGGAGAGCCAUGCCAAAAACUUUGUCAUGGCUGUGGCAGUAGAUGGUCAGACUUUUGAAGGCUCGGGAAGGAAUAAAAAGCUGGCAAAAGCUCGGGCAGCUCAGUCGGCUCUCGCAUCUUUGUUUAAUAUGCAGCUGGACCAGACUCCAUCUCGACAGCCCAUUCCCAGUGAGGGGCUCCAGUUACACUUGCCACAGGUUUUAGCUGAUGCUGUCGCACGCUUGGUUGUAGAUAAAUUCAGUGAUUUGACAGAAAAUUUCACAUCUCCACAUGCACGUAGAAAAGUCCUUGCUGGAGUUGUCAUGACAACAGGUACAGAUGUGAAAGAUGCCCUGGUAAUAAGUGUGUCUACAGGGACAAAAUGCAUCAAUGGUGAAUACAUGAGUGAUCGUGGUCUUGCAUUAAAUGAUUGCCAUGCGGAAAUAAUAUCUCGACGGUGCCUGCUUAAAUUUCUGUAUACACAACUUGAGCUUUAUCUAAGCAAUAAAGAAGAUCAACAAAAAUCCAUUUUUAUCAGAUCGGAGCGAGGCGGGUUUAAGCUAAAGGAGAACGUGCAGUUUCAUCUCUAUAUCAGCACAUCUCCUUGUGGUGACGCUAGGAUUUUCUCACCACACGAAGCAGCACAAGAGGAUCAAGGAGACAGGCAUCCAAAUCGCAAAGCAAGAGGACAGCUACGAACAAAAAUAGAAUCUGGGGAAGGGACUAUCCCCGUACGCUCUACGACCACUAUCCAGACAUGGGAUGGCGUGUUGCAAGGAGAAAGGCUACUUACCAUGUCUUGCAGUGACAAGAUAGCAAGGUGGAACGUAUUGGGUAUUCAAGGAGCCUUACUUAGCCUCUUUGUGGAGCCAAUUUACUUCUCUAGCAUCAUCUUGGGGAGUUUAUAUCAUGGGGAUCAUCUAUCCAGAGCCGUAUACCAGAGGAUAGCAGAGAUAGAAGAUCUACCACCUCUUUAUACACUCAACAGACCUUUACUUAGUGGUAUUAGCAACGCAGAAGCCCGUCAGCCAGGGAAAGCGCCAAACUUCAGUGUGAACUGGACAGUAGGAGAUACUGGUCUUGAAGUUAUUAAUGCUACAACCGGCAAAGAUGAAAUGGGUCGUGCAUCUCGCCUUUGUAAGCAUGCUUUCUACAGCCGCUGGAUGCGUAUUCAUGCAAAGCUUUCUUCCAGCUUACGCUCAAAGAUCCUCAAGCCCAACCUGUACCACGAAACCAAGCAAGGAGCCACUGAGUAUCAAGCUGCCAAAGAAUGUUUGUUUAAAGCAUUCCUGAAGGCAGGACUGGGAGCCUGGGUGGAGAAGCCCAUAGAACAGGAUCAGUUUUCUCUCACAGUCUAAUUCACAGACUGCUCAUCACUUUGGAAAGGGGGUUGUUCUGGAAAUUCCUGGUGUCCAGCAUUGCAUUCCAGCAUCUCCACAGCCAUCAAAACAUCUUUUUACUGUUUGCAGUUGGGUUUUUUUUUCCUUUGGUUUGUUUUUUUUAAAAAAAAAUAAUUCAUAGAAACUAUUUCUGUUUUGCCUAAGUACUGAAACUCAGUGAUGAACUGACACGUAAUUGUAUAUUUUGUUAUGGGGAAGUAAUUUCUGGUGUAUUUCUAGAAAUACUUUUACUGUAGAGAACUUGCAAUAAGGCUGUCCUUACAGUAUACAAUGACUCAUUUUUUCUGGGUUAAAACUAUUUCUUUUUUUAAUUCAAUGUCAUUAAGUGCAUGAAGGAAUGGAAGUUUCUGUAGAUUUUACACCACACUUUUAGGAAGUAGCUUAAUUUUUUUAAAAGAAAAUAGUUGAAAAAGCUGAUUCUACUCCUCUGUUAAGUUGUUUUUAAGUUGCAGAUAUUUCUAGCACGUAGACCACAGAACCAGAACAGAGUCUGGACAGCUAGUUUUUCCCCUCUUCCUUGCUCUUUAAAACCAGCUGCUGAAAAUUUCAUGUCUUCGAUGUAUGUAUUUAUUAGUCUGUGACCCAGUUUUUAACAUGCAGCUUUUUAUUCUGUUUUUAAAAAUACAUUUACCUCCCAUUUACACACAUUGUGAAGUCUUCAUUUUUUUACCACUGUAAACUGGAAACAGCAAAAUAAUUAUUUGUAAGUUAAGAAGUUUAGUCUAUAACGUGCAGAAACCUGUUUAGAAGUAGGUAAUUUGUAUAUCCCAGGAACUCAUCCAAAUACAGUCAUAACUGUAAUAGUGAUAUGACAACUUAAAAAAAAAAUUGCUCAUUUUAAGGGCAUAAGCCUGAACUGCCAAAACCAGUCACUCGCUGGGUAUUGACUGCUCUCCUCUCAAAGAAAGGAAAAGCUCUUGUAUGGACAAAAAGUUAUUCAGACUUCUUUCCUGUGAGUUUUAUCUGCUUUUACCCAAGUUGUUGUGUCUGAAAUGUCAUUGUCUUUUGGCUUUACAUGUGUGAUGGCCUUCAUGAAGUUCCUUAGGUAAGUUGCUCUCAAACAUGCUUUCAUUUGCUUUGACAAUUACUUAGAAAGGUGUUUUUCCCAAAGGUGUAGGCACUUCUGCUUUAUGUAAAAAAUGUAAGAUGGAAGGAAAAUAUUGUGAGAUCAGGUUGAUUAACUGGUGUAUAGAAGGCAUUUUUAAGAAUACUUGUUAGAACAUGACAUUUAGGAGUGAUGAGACAAUGUCCAGUAUUGCUUCUUUGCUCGUGCGGCAUCUGUCCAAACACAUCCCUUGGCUCAUGCCCAUCCAGGUAUCACCUGUGCUUUCAAAGAGCUUCUCGAACAUCCUUCAUGUUCCCGUUGAUAGCGAUGAAGGUGACAUUUCAUGACAUGGAAUUUUACCUGACAAAACCAGAUCGGUGCACUCCAGGUCUUAGUUCCUGUUCCUCUGCUCCGCUGCCCUUUGCCUGUGCCACACAAGACACCAGAUCAGCAGGCUGGCCCGUGCUUUGAAGUCAAGCAUUACUUUUAGACCCACAUUGGGUCAGAGAUCCAGUUUAGAGUGGUGCUAGUGCAUCUGCAGCGGCAGUGGGGUGGAGCAUGGGUCCUUUCAGGCAGCUGCACGGCCAAAGCCUGCAUAUCAUGAAGCUGUAACUGGACUUACUGUAUCUUAGCCCCAGCAACUCAGGGGGGCGGGGUGUAGCAAAUACUUGGAGGGUUGGAAAUUUUGAUGAAAAACCACUUCUGGCCAAUCGUGAAUGCCAAGGAGAUGUGCUGCUUUGUUAUUGCUCAAGUAGGAACCCACUUUCAACUUCAAAAAAAUGAUCAAGCCUGAAAAUGACUUGAGCGUUAGUGGAAGCCUCUGGGUUAGUGUCUUGGAAGUAAUGCACUGAGGUGCAAACAACCCUUUUUUGGCAGUAUUAUGGAUGACAGCAAACACUGCUGUGGGAAGGGGAGCAAUUCUGUGGCCUGUUGGUCCCGUUGGAAACAGGUGCUUCCAGAGGUUACUGCCCUUUCCAGAUGCCAGAGGAACAAAUGUUGCAAGCAGCAGUAGACAGGCUGUGUUAAUUCAGCUUCAUUUGUGACUUAAGCCAUCCUGCCCAAUUCCUGUUAAAACCAAGAGUGCUCACAUGGCCUCUGCCCGCAUGACAAGACUUUUGUGGUUGUCAUCCAGCUGAGGCUUAGAUUGACCUAUUCUAAAACUAGAAGGAAUUUAAUUGUAUAUGGUCAGAUUUUGCCAGCGCUUGGGCAUCUGCCUUUGAGAUCAACCUUGUCUGGUUCCCAUUGUGGAAAUUCUGAGUGGCUGUCCAUGCAUUUCUGCAGGAUCGAGGGAAUGCUAUUCACACCACUACAUUUUCUUGGGAUCACUACUGCUGUGAGAUAAGUAAACAUUUUUACGGGACUUGGUCUAUUGAUAAAUGAAGUCUGGUGAUAAUUUCCAGCAAAUUACUUUUACCCAUCUUUCUGAAGUGUUCAUUCAAAAGUUGAUGUCUCUCUGGAUUUUUUUGACAACUAGGAAAGUAUUCGCUCAAACUAUUUUUUUUAUGAAGUCACAAAUAUGAGCAAUAUAUUUAAGUAUUAUUGUAGACACAGUUUUUUUAAGCUGUUUGACUGCAUGAUUAAAAUUAAACUGUAAAGGAAUUAUGUUCCAUGCCAAAAGCUUUUGACGAAGGAAUGGUGUCAGGUUAUUUAUGAGGAACGAGUUCUCUUGUUUAUAACUCCAGGAUUUUAAAAAGUAUGAAGUUUUCCAGGGUUGUAUGCAAUCCGUAUCUGUCUUCUGGGAGUCAAUAAAAUACUGCUUGGCUUCCUUCACUUGCUUGCUCCUUUUCUUCCAAUUAAUAUGUGGAAAAAUGUUGGAAGGCAGAAUCGUUAUUGCUGAUGCUCCCAUAUUCCUCACAAAUCACCGUCACCAAGCAGGAAUGGAUAGCGAUGUAUAGCACUUUGAGCGACUGCAAAAGAUAAGACAACUCAGCUUCCAGCAGCUGCUGAAUUUUGUGGUUGACCUUUCUGUUGGGAGCCGCAAGUCUCCCCGGUGGGUUGGGAGGUUGAGCAGGUCUUGUCUGAAAAGCCUGGGCUGGAUGAGUGGGAGCUGACCUGCAUGGGGACUUGCAGGGCUGCUCUGGGAGCUGCUUCGGGUCUUUUAAUUGGUUGGGGUUUUUUUUCUUAUUUUUGCUUGAAUAUGAGUGUUUGUCUCAGGAUCUUCAAAGGACUUAAAGAGUAACAACGUUAAUGUUGAUGAAUACUUGAAAUCUAAUUUAAGGUGGUUUUCUCCAGAUAGCAGUUUAGCUGUAAUGAAGUUUGUAGGUAAGUAAAAUAGAUUAUUUUAAAUAUAGAUGUUUGAGAUAUAUAUGUUCUGCAGGUUUGUUUUAAGAAAAUUUGGGCCUAAAGGUUAACACUUGAAAUAUCGUUUAUGGUUGUACUCAGGACCUAGUAAUAACUGUAGCUUAUUUCUUACUGCUUGUCUGUGAAGCGUGUCACAUGUAGGAGCUUGUUAGCCACUGUUCUCCUCCAACAGCGUGGAUGUCCAUGUAGUUCUCAUGCUCACGGCUGCCUCUCGCCCUUGUGUAGCUGGUGACGGUGAUCGUGACUCUGCGUGCUUAGGAGUGUGCAGCAGCAGAGUUUCUGUACAGUCGGCAAUCUCCGUCUUCUCAUCUUAGAGACAUGUUUUCAUGACUGGUUACUGCAUAGGAAACUCAAGAGUAGAAGAUUUUUCUGUGCUGAUAGUCUGUACAUCCUCUAAAUCCAAAAUUACUUGCAGAUGAAAGUCUAAGGAUCUCGGAGCUGCUGUUGCAUUUAAUCAGUUCAGUUCUGUGAUGUCUAAGAGUGCUGUUGACCCAAGGGGAAAAAAUAAAUCUCCUUCUGCUCUCUCAGGGAAAACAUGCAUGAGUGCUUGGUAGGAUGAAGUAGAACGUGUGUCCGAUGGAAGAGUAGUGAUCUCUUUUGAAACCAAGAUGUCUUUUUAAAAAAUAACCCACCAGGAGUUGAGAAUCAAUUCUAAGAAUUGCUCCGUCGUGGUCACCACGUAAUGGAGAUUUUUCUUUUAAAUAUUGAUAGUUUUCUAAACAGUGAAGAUUAUUCUUUCUGUUCCUUAAAUUAGGCUAAAAGGCUUGGGAGGCUUAUGCUUGCAGAGAAGUUGCAAUUUGAAAUCUUUGCAUUUUUAUCAUCAUAAAAUAUCCACCGUGAAGAUUAUCCCCAAGUUCACUGAAAAGGAAGAAGAGCCACAAUUCCAGUGUACAGUCAGAACAAAAAUGUCUAAUAUUAUCAAAAUCUAAGAACCCACAGAAGUAAAAUGUAUGAAAUAUAAUUAUCCUGUCUCAGAAUCAUCGUGGGUUUUAUUUUGAUGUUUGGGUUUUUUGGAAAAAAAAAAAAGUGAUUUCAGUUGAGUUUAAAAGAUUGCAUCUUUGCUUAGUGCACUUCUGUUUGGAGAGGAGUUGGCAUUUACGCCAGGGUUACCCAGAGCUAAGAGGCACAAGUUUUGCAGGGGUCUAGAAGUGGAUUUUGUAAGGGACACCAGACUGGAUGCUGCAGGGCUGGGAGGGGGCUGACCCGGGGGCAGAUCCCCACUGCCCCCCAGCGCAGGAGCCUGGGCUCCGUCUGGCUCCUGCUGUCAGCUGGGUCCCAUGUGCUGCAGCUGUUGUGAGUCAGCACCUGGCAAACAUGAGGAAGAUGAGAGACAUUGAAAUUGCUAUUUUUCUCUAAUUUCUAAAGCAGAAAUGAUGGCAUGGGAUGGGAUUUCUCCUCCCUCCUGCACUCUGCUGGAGAGGCCCUUGGGCAGGAGACUGGGAACAUGGGCCAAACAACUCAUUUGUCCAUUCAGCAGCUGGUGCUUUCCAGCCACUGCCUUUCCUAAAGAUGUCCCAGCACAGGCAGGUCCCAGCUGUAUGUAAAUCUGAGGUUUUUAGGGUGCAUUGGGCUUGCUGCCAUUCCUCUAUGGGAACAGCUGGUCCAGAGCAUUUGCAACAAUCUGGGGUUUACUCCCAAGGAAGAAGGUGGCAUGUGUCUCUGUGGUGGGCAGGGUGUGUAUUCACAGCUGCAGGGUGCGUGGUGUUUCAUCACCAGGCAGGUGAUGGGUGUCCCUAGAACACCCUCAGGCAGCUAAAACCAAAGCCCUUGCAUGCAUCCAGCAGCAUCACGUGCCUAAGCUGUUACGGUGCUUCUGAUGAAACCUCCUGUGUCAUUGUUUCUAUCGAGCUGGUUGCAGUAGGAAUGAUGCAAACCAGCGGGGGCUUCCAGAAAUGGGCUGGGGCUGAAAUCCUGAACUUGUCAGAGCUUACAGAGAGCAGAUGGAAUCCAAAUUUCUCCUCGGAUCAUGUCAAUGUACAUUGUUUUUCAGAAUCUUUGCAGCCAAAGGCCUGUCCUGUUGCCUGUUAAUAAAUAGGCUGUUAAUUGUGCCAACAACAUUUGCAUGUGCAGGAAUGAUUUUUAUGGGUAGCUAUGUUGUGUUUUCCUCUCAUUCCAGGAGAGUGAAAUUAAGAGUCUUGUUUGCUGUCCAUAGGGAGGGCAGCCAGCCUCAGCAGGUGUAACAAUGGAAAGAAUGUAUUUUGUCUGAAGGCAAAGAUUCACAGUUGAGGUCACUGCAGUGUUUUUUUACAUUUUUAAUAUCUUCAUCGUUGUCAUACCAAUAUCUUUUUUGUUGUAUUUUGGCUGAGGUGUCUUGAACAAAUCUAAGAUCAAAUGUGUGUGUGAAUAUAUAUUUAUACAUAUAUAUAUAUAUAUAUAUAUAUAUUGCUGUAUAUUCUUUGCAUUAAGCAGUUAUUCUUCCCCAGUCUUCCUGUGUGACAGCGCGAAUACAUUAGCUUUACCCACCUGGUGUAAGAAUAUUAAAGAACACUCUCAGAUACUGUCCUCAGCACUUACUUUCUCCAUUCAUAAUCCCAACUUUGAAGAUGAGACCUCGUUUUACCUGGUUUGUUGCUUUCCUUACAGCACACUUGUCCCUAUCCUGGUGUCACCGCUGAAGCACAACCCAUCGGUCAAUUCUAAGCAAUGACUAUUUUGCAUACUACCUUGCUUUGUUUAAUUAAUGUUUGUACAGAUAUUUGAAAAUAUAAAG